AUGCGUUCCAGCAAGCUUCUUCUCCUCGCCGGUCUGGCGAACUAUGUCCUCGCUCUUCCCACCAAGGACACCAAGGAUCUAGACCCCCGCACUCUUGGUCUCGCCGUUGAGAUCCUGUCCGAAUUCGGCAAGGACCUGACGACCAUCGUUGAAGAUAUCCUCGGCGGUGGAAAAAGCUCAACAUCCGUCCUUGCUGGUAUCAGUGCCCGGGCUGCCGCUGCCCUCAACGGAGGUGCCUUGGGUUGCAAGGCCGGUGCGAUUGAUGCCGACAUCCGUGCCGAAUUGGCCGCCUGGAUCCGCGCUCAUGCUGGAUUCGAGGCUUCUCUGAAGACCGAGCUCCUCGCCUGGUGUGAGGGUGAGGCUUCAGCAACUCUCUCGACCGAAGUGUGCGCCGGGCUGUCCUUGUUCGUUCCUACUUGCGCCAAGACGGCUGCCGCCGGUGACCUUUACGUGACCAUUGACGGUAUCUUUGAUGUCACCACCCUUGAGGCCGGCGUGGUUCUCAGCUCUUCCUUCCAGUCUUCGCUGUCCGCGUUCAUCUCCGGCUCCGUCGGUCUUGAGCUGGAUGCCAACCUCCGCGCUGGUCUUUCUCUUUGCGCGGGUGGUGGUGUUCAUGCUGAUCUCCACGCCGAUCUCGCCGCCGCCUUGAAGAUCUGGCUCAAUGGCUCGUCUUGCUCCCUGAGUGCCGAGCUCAAGGUUGCCAUCCUGGCCUGGUUGGAGGGCAAGAUUGAGACUGGUGUCGUUGCCAUCGGUUCCAUUCCCACUGGCGGUGUUACUGCCGUCUCCGUUGGUGCUUCCAUCAGCGCCUGGAUUGAAGGCGAGGGUGCUCUUACCGCGACUGCCCAAGCUUACAUCUCUGCCUUCCUUGAGUCCAGUGUUUCUGCUGACAUUGAGGCCGAUGUUCAGGCCGUCCUCGAGGCCUGUAUUGCCGGCAAGCUCGCCACCUCCGUUUCCGCCGAUGCCCGUGCGGCCUUGGCCGUCUGGUUGUCCGGUUCCAGCUGCAGCCUGGGAGCCGAACUCAAGGCCGCUCUCUACCUCUGGCUCUCUUUCUCUGUCACCGAAGUCAGCAUUGACAUCUCCACCAGCCUUAUCACUGAGCUCGAGGCCUUCCUUACCGGCACUAUUGAGGCAUCCCUCGGAUCCGGCCUUCGUGGUACCCUCUGGCUCCUCCUUUCCGGCGAGAGCAUCGUCUACCUUUCCGUUGAGGCCCGUGCCGAGUUGGCCGCCGUCCUCGGUGGUGCUGUUGACAUUGAGAUCAGCAGCAGCUUCAACCUCCUCAUCAUCGAAUGGCUCACCGGCUGCAGCAUUCCGGGUGCCCCCACCAUCACCCCCGGCUCCGGUUCGACCACGAAGCUCAUCUCCAGCCCAUCCACUGCCCCCGUCGCUGCCUCCACCGCUCCCGCCACCCCCACUGGCGCUUCUCCUGUCGGUGGCUCUGGCUCUCCUUCUCCUUCGGGCACCGGUCCUAGCGGUACUGUGGGUGGCUCUGGUGCCGCUCCUUCUGGUGGCGCCGCUGGUGGUGAGGCCCCCUCUGGUGUUGCCAGCGUUCCUGCUGUCCCUACUUCCAGCACUGUCCCUGAGGGCGCCAGCGCUGACUCCACCACCACUCCUUGCGACACCCUCGUUACUGAGACUGUCAUCCCUGUUGCUACUCAGACUGAGGGCUCUCCUGCCCCCAGCGGCACCGCCGCUGAGGGAGGCUCCGCCCCUCAGAUUACCACCGCCCCUGUCGCAGGCUCCGGCUCCAGCUCUGACGUGGUCACUGUCACUGUUACCACCACUGUGAGCGUCGCUGCUUGCGAGUAA